CGGGACGUGUAUUACUUUUUUGUGCCUUUUUGACACAUUGCCAGUUGGGUGUUCCGCAAGGCUUAUGAAAUGUGAUUUUAUUCAUCCUUUUAGUAUUUUCCAUUCGCGGACCGGUGUAGAUACACUGCCUUUAUUGAUAAAGGCAAAAAGCGGCAAGUGGUCAGUGGACACUGGACAGCUCCCAAGGCUGCAAUCAGUAACAAGAGGAGCAUUAGCAAAACUGAAACGUGACAAUCGCAAGCUGCCAGAUGGCUUCCCCAGGCUAUGGCAAUCAGCCGCCUACUCUGCCAUCAGCACCACCCAUGGAUGCUGUGUCAGCUGGAGAUGACCUGGCACCUCCGUCAUAUGAAGAGGCCAUACGAGCUCCCUCGGGGGGUGGUAGCUUUAACAGUGUCUCGUCUGCCCUGCGACCCGAGGCGGUCCCGAACAGCACGCCCUGGCCUCCAGGGGGGACGGCCGUCGCACACGCCGACACAGAAGCUGGUCGAGUAGGCCAGGGGCAGACCAACGCCGCCGACACCUCGGCGCCGCCGCCAACAUCCGGUGAUGACCCUCCCAGCUACAACUCGCUGUUCGGUCAGAUCCGGGAGGCCAAGGAUAGCUCCUCGGGGCUGUGCGACUUCAUGUUAAACCUGCUGCUUAUGCCAGUGGGAUGUCUGGUGGGCCUGGUGAUGGUGGCCGCUGUGGUCGGACUCGUGUUCGGCGUGCCAAUCACACUCAUCGUCGUGGGCAGCCUCUUCCUGCACGACUGUCCCAUCACGCCUGGCAUCCCGAUCUGGAUGGUAACCGGAGGUGUUUUGAUGGUGGUAUACAUCUUCUGGGUGGGAUGUACGGAUGAGGAGCAUAGCGGCCGGCAAGGCGUAGCCGGAGGACUCUUUUAUCUCGCCUUCUAUAUUUCAGGCUGCGUGCUCGUCUACCCCACCUGGCAGCCGCCGUUCGAGCCCUCCUUCUACGGCGAUACGCACUACUGCGACUACACGGCCAUGAUGACCUCCUUCGUCAUCAUCAACCUGAUGUCGGUGCUGACGGGCGUCGCGUUCUGCGCCGGCUGUUUGUGAGACCGCCACAUCGAGGUACUGUUCCCCGAGAGGGUCGCUGACCGCCGGCGGCCCGUGCGUCGAGUAGUGCUAGUGACCGUCGGCUUUGGGGAAGGAGCGUGGGGCGGCGGGUCCACGUCAAAACAGCUAGUGACAAUUGAGCUAGCGACUUUUGAGCUAGUACAAAACAGCUGGUACCUCAAAACAGCUAGUGACAAAUGUUUUGACAUUAGCCCUAUGGGCGUUGCAUGGAAAGAAUGGGACCAAAAGUCGGCAGUGCCCCCCCACCCCCUUCAUUGAAGGUGUUCCGCCGCUACUGGCACUAGCUAUUUUGCUUCGCUAGGUAUUUUGACGCUGUCGAUUUUGUCACUAUCUGUUUUGAGGCACUAGCUGUUUGUACUAGCUGAAAAGUCACUAGGUAGCUCAAAUGUCACUAGCUAUUCUGACGGGCACCCGCGGUGGCCGGAAUGCGGGCUGUGGGAAGGGUCUGAGAAGUGGUGGCGUGUAAAGAGGGGCUCCUCCUGAGAAGAAUGGCACCCACAGGACCGGAAAAAUGACGUGAAAUUAGUCGUUUCAACCAAAGCUGCCGGUGCAUCUAUGAUACUGCACCGGUGCACCGGUGAUACUCAUAAUAAUUCGGGUGUCGACAUUGAUUUAAACGCAGGACCAAGGCCGGCUGAAGGGCAGAAUACCGGAUGGGAUACGAGACCGUCCUGAUGACUGACUUUAUUUUGAGCGUUCUGCUAUGUUUUUUUUUUUAGCUGAUUUCUGGCCAGUUUGAGAUUUUCCGAUGUGCUCAGAAAUCAGAAUAUGAUAGUCUUCAAUCAGCUUAAAAUGCACCACCAGAAAGGGGCCUCAUCGUAGUUUGUUUAUCCAAUCUACGAUGAGGCCCCUUUGUCAUGGAUAUCCAUAAUCAUGCUUUGAUUUAAUUAUGUUCUUGAUCAUUUUUUUUUUGUGCGUACCAUGCUCCAUCCCGCAUUUUUUGCCUCAAUCGUCAUAGUUAGGCGAAAGUCGCCCGAGAUCGGCAUGAACCUUUAUUGGCCAGUAAGAUUAUGUUUGAUGGCAAGUAUUUUUUGAUAGAAGUUUUCUGCGCUCUAUAUCAUUAGAUGCAUUCUUUGGUCAUGUUAUCUUGACCUUGAUUUACCUUCCUUCGUUGUACUUAUCGCAGUUUUCAAGUCAGUUUUACAUUUAAUUGCUAAUAUUAUGAGAGUCUUAUGCGUUGUACUGAAUAUUGCGCCAACGUUGGUACUGAGUUGUGUCAUACUCGACUGGGUGCUUUGCACGAGCAAGUGUUUAAAAUGUUACAAUCGUGUGGUGAGUCGCACCUUUUUUUGGAGUGGUGCUCACUGCCCAGUAUUGUUGGACAAUAUUUUGUGGAAUGGUGUGUGUUCUAGCCACCACAAAACUGGUGAUUUCAUGUUGGUGAUGUUUCGCCAGUGCACCACUCAAUGUGGCCGACGAAUUUCUAAUCGCACAAUGCUGCAAUGAGAGGAAAGCUAGCCUAGUUCAUUGUUGGCAAUUUUGUAUGCCUUGUUCAAUGUUCAUGCAUCGAAAUAGGCAAAUAUAGAACUAUACCUGCCCUGAA